UCGUCUCUUGUUCCCUAUACUCGUUCUCGCGACGACAUUCGCCAUGUAGGUAAGCAUCAAUUCCUUCUACUACUGUUCCUUUACAUGAUUAAACCAAACGAAAAUCUGUCAAUCCUCAUAGCCUUGUCAAAAGGACUGCUGAGCUUUGUAUAUCACACUAUGACAUCCAUCUCUUGAUCACGUUCACCGCUCUUCUACUCGUUUGGCAAGGAGCUAACGCAGCCUCUGCUUAGAUCCAUACCAUGGCGGCAGCUCCGGCUCCCAAACCAGUUAAAGAACCAUUCCCCAUAUCCCUUGUGGCUGGCCGUUACCUCCUCUUUGAUGUGGACGUUAUUGCGCACUGCCGUCGCACGCACAACAUCUGCGGUCUCCUGGUCGGCACGAUACCGAACCUCAGCCAACAGAACGUUUUUCUGGGCGUACCACUUGAACUCAUGCCGGAAGAGGCUCGGGUACUCGUCGAUAAAGGCGCUGCGUAUAUCGUGGAUGAUGCGCAGGCACAUCAGAAGGCUUUUGCGGAGAUGAGCCGAGAGGACAGGCUGAGGUACAUGGAGGAGAUGGACAAGCGAGGGGAGGACGUCACCAAGGAACAGACCGAGCUGGCGGAGAGGCGGAAGGAGAGGGCAUUGAAGGAGAAGGGCCUGAAGAGGGAGGAAGUCGAGAAGGGUAGCGUUGCGGCGAGCACGACGUCGGACGAGACGCUCCAAGCAGACGACUCCAGUGUCGCGAGCUCCGGGCUGGGUUUCAUCAUGAAGGGUUCAAGCUUCUCCGACUCGGCGGCGCCAGUAAAGGCAGCCAAGGUCAUCUCCAGUCCUGCCAGCUCAGUCACUGAUAGCUCGGAUCUUGGUAGCUCUGGUUUAGGCUUCAUCAUGAAAGGCUCUAGUUUCUCAGACUCCUGGGUGCAAGUCAAGGCCCCCAAGAUUGACUCCUCUGCCGCCGAGGUCUCGCUGUUCGACGCUGCGCCCCCUUCGCCUGCUCCUGAACCAGCCGUCCCCGUCCAGGGUAGUGCGCCGAAAGGCGUCGCCGCCCAGAAACACUAUGUCACACCGACAACUUCAUACCCACCCCUCUCCACGCCCGCAAAAGACCCUGCUGUCCCUCCGCCGGCUGUGCCAGACAGCUAUCCGUUGUUCCGCUAUCUGCACUCCAAGGGCUACUACCACAUGCCUGGGCUGCGCUUUGGGUGCCACUACAACGUGUACCCGGGCGACCCACUUCGAUACCACAGCCACUUUGCUGCUACAGGCUUAGGCUGGGACCAGAAGUUCGACCUGCUCGACGUGGUGGGCGGAGGACGUCUCGGCACAGGAACGAAGAAGGCGUACAUGAUUGGUGGCGAGAACCCCGACGUAGACUCGCAAGAGGACGAGUCCGUGAGGGCGUUCUCUGUUGAGUGGGCGGCUAUAUAAGUGCUGGUCACCACUAUUCAUGGGAAUUAUGACUUGACGAAUACAAUGCAUACAUAGAACAAUGAUGAACUUUGUUCAACCUCG